GUUUAUUUUUCAAAGUUAUGCUAAAUCAAAAAUUGUGUAAGGAUUUUAUAAAAUCUGGGAAGCAAUCACUUAGCUGAAAGUUAGCUUUCAGUGUUGUUGUAUUCAGCUGUUUGGCAAUAAUUUUUCAUACGUGAUUACCGCUCUUGUCUCACUUUUUUUUUAAAAGUUAUCUGUUUAUUUGUUGCGAUUCCAUGUUUUUGCUGAUAAAAAAUUAUAGUCUCGUAUUACAUAAAUUUACUUCGAAGGAUGACGGAAGAAAUUGUUUUCGAUUGUUUACAUGCGGAAAUUAUUAACUAUUGCUUGGACGAUAAGGAAAAUGAUUUUUCAACCUUGGAAUAUAUUGGUUUUACCACGGGCUAUCGCUUAAUUGAAAGACUUACCCGAGACGUAAAUCGUUUUAAAGAUGAAUUGGAGACUAUAAAAUUUAUAUGCACUGAUUUUUGGACAUUGAUUUAUAAGAAACAAGUGGACAAUUUAAGAACCAACAAUCAAGGCAUGUAUGUAGUGCAAGAUAAAGCAUUCAGAUUUUUAACCCGCAUAUCACCAGGUUCUAAACAAUUACAACACGCGCCAAAGUUUGUAGCUUUUACUUGCGGAUUAGUGAGGGGCGCACUUAGUAAUCUGGGAAUUACCAGUACAGUAACAGCAGAAGUGCAAUCUAUACCGGCAUGCCGUUUUCACAUUGAAGUUAAUCGCAACUGAGAUGGAAGCUAAAAUUA